UCUCUCUCUCUCUCUGACUCUCUCUCUCUGAUUCUCUCUCCCUGAUUCUCUCUCUCUCUCUCUCUCUCAUAGGAGCAUACGAGUUAAUGCAGCUGUUCUUGUUCAGAUCCUGGUUCUGAGGUUUGACUCUUCAGACUCUCUCUGCUCUGAGACUGGAAACUCUUAUUCAUCCACCUGGAGCGUUUGAUUCCUCCUGAAGCUGUGGGAUAGUUAGUCUGCCGCGGGUUUGGACUGUGAGUGAGGAGACGUGGAGGAACAUGGCAGUGAACCUGAGUAAGAACGGUGCUGCCCUCAUGGCUGCUUACAAAGAGGUGGUGGACGGAAAGACGAACACAAACUGGGCCCUGUUCACGUAUGAAGGGAACAGUAACGAGAUCCGCCUGGCAGAGAAGGGAGAUGGUGGUUUAGAGGAGAUGGUGGAGGAGCUGAACAGUGGGAAGGUGAUGUACGCUUUCUGUCGUGUUGAGGACCCAAACUCUGGCCUGCCCAAAUAUGUCCUCAUAAACUGGACAGGUGAAGGUGUGAAGGACACUCGUAAAGGAUUCUGUGCCAAUCAUGUGAGCUCCAUGGCCAGUUUCCUCAAGGGAGCCCAUGUGACGAUAAACGCCCGGGGGGAUGACGACGUGGAGCCGCAGACCAUCUUGGCAAAAGUUUCUACAGCGUCAGGAGCCAACUUUAAUUUCCACCAAAAGACAGAAUACAGAGAUGCGCCCAGAGGACCUGUGGUGAGGAGACAAGGAGACACGUGUGGUGGGUUUGUUCACGCUCAGGCUGAAAUGUCCACAACUCAUCCUCUGCUGCGUUUCCAGGGUUCCGUGUAUCGUAAGGUCAACGCUGUGGAGGAGAUUCAACAAACCAAGAAGGACGACUUCUGGCUCCAGACUCAGAGGGACGCAGAGGUGAGUCGACAGGAGGACAGCAAACGAGCCGAGGUGGAGAGACAAAGGAUGGAGAGAGAGAGGAUGGAGAUGGAGGUGAAGCAGACGAGGGAGAGAGAGAUGAGGUCAAAGGAGAGAGGUCAGAGGAUCGAACAGGACAAACUUUAUCAGAAGCAGAGAGAAGAGGAAGCGGAACGAGAGCAGCAGCAGCGACCGAAUCAGCAGGAAUCAGAAAUCAAGAGGACGGGAAUCAGCGCUGCAGCAUCUGUGCAGAAAGCCAACGAGGCCAAAUCCCUGAUAUCUCAGAGAGCGUUUAACCCCAGAGACGUCUUCAAGCAGAGGGAGCAGAGCUUCGAGGCCAACGACAGAUCGUCUACAUCCAGACCUGGGAAGCUGCAGAGUCCGUUUCUGUCUCAGAAAUCCUUUGAGAGGGAAACUCUGAGGAUGCCUCAGUUUCCCACCGCUGGGGUCAAGACUUCUCCUGUCCAGUCUCCGUCUCCUGUCCAGCCCCAGUCUCCUGUCCAGUCUCCUGUCCAGCCCGUCUCACCCCCUGCAGCCCCUUACUACACCUCACAUCUGUCACACUCCCCUGUUCAACCUGCAGGGGAGGAGGAGUGGUCUGAUGAGUUUGAAGACGAUGCAGAUGAAGCGACUCCAGCAGAAUCUCAGGAGUACCUGUAUGUAGCAGCAGAAGAAGAACCAGCAGUGGGACCAGAUCAGAAUCUGUAUGAAAACCUGGAGCUGGGUCACCACACAGCUGAAGAGAACGGUGCAGAGGCGAACGGAGAGAACAUCUGUGCCAGAGCUGUGUACGACUACCAGGCGGUGGACGACAGUGAGAUCACCUUUGACCCUGAUGACAUCAUCAGUGGGAUCGACAUGGUGGACGAGGGCUGGUGGAGAGGUUACGCACCUGAUGGACACUAUGGGAUGUUUCCUGCUAAUUAUGUGGAGCUGCUCUAACUCCUAUCCCCCCCUCUCUUCAGCAGCUGUACUCGAGUACACUACUCGAGUACAUUUACUAUUUUAAUUUCAAAAGUUUUGAUGAUUGAUUUUGUAGUUUCUGCUGUUGACCACAGGAUGGCGCUAUACAACUCGUGGAUUUAACACAGGAUGAGACGCAGUCAGAAUCAGAGGAUUUUCUUUUUUUUAAAUAAAUGACUAUAUUCAUAUUUUGUGUGUGUGUAUUUCAACAAUACUGUAAUGUACUGUACUUUAUAUAUUAAGAUAAAUAAAUAUAUGAAACUUG